UCAUCCUUCAGCCUGCCUGCUUCACUAUACACAGACAUAUGUCGUACUCUUGAGCAAGUUAUAUAGGAUUCUACAGUCCCCCACAGGCCAGCGAUAAAGCUCUCCAUGAAACAGCUCUAACCACAAACAUGCUUCGACGCUAAUUCUCGCACUUUCAAAAUCAGCACUACUCCCUCGCCUUACAUCAGCUUCGGUCUUUUCGGACGAACAUCCGGACGAAGCCUGUCCAGCACAUUCUACAGUCUCUCUCUGCUCUCACACAGCCACCCAUAAUUUGCAUUUCCAAUUCCAUUGAUACCUGAGCUUCGAUCUCUCUUUCAUUGUCUUUUCUGAUCGAGUGACGUUGUGGGUGGUUUUUCUAUUUUUCCAAUUAUCUGAUCCUGAGGUUCCACCUCGGUUGCCUCAAAGGCUAUACAUAUCCAUUCGCCUCAUACUGGACGGACGAAAUUGACUUGGCCAGCAAUUCAAGAUGCCCAAGGAAGAAUCCGCUGCCGUCCGCAAGAAGAUGCGCAAGGGGACGCAUAGUUGCUUCGAAUGUCGUCGGCGCAAAAUUCGAUGCAUUUUCCCUCCAGAUAACCCUGAAGUCUGUUCAGAAUGCUUUGCUCGAGGAUCACGAUGUAUCGACCAAGAAAAUGCCAACCCUGACGUCGUCGUGGAUCACAGAAAGAACCUUCGCGAGAGGGUGUCACGUCUAGAGGCCCUCGUCGACUCUCUGCUCGAGGACAAGACCGAGAAGAGCAUACCGGACACCAGCUCUUCCAAGACCCCUAAUCUCACUCACAAGGACACAUUCCCGCCGACUCCUCUAUCAUCGGAAGCAUCAUCAUCAUUCUUUCAACAGCAGCAGCAACAUCAAAGCCAGAGGGCAGUAUCCGAGCGCGGCAAUCAUGUUCCCAUACUGUCUGCCUUUGAAGAUGCUCUCAAUGAUGCCGAGGAGCAAAUGAAAGCACGUAUGGAUCCAGCUGCGCGCAAGGAGUCUUAUCCAGGCAUUGGCAUCACCACAGAACAUCGAUAUACCGUGACCUGCAAGAAUGAGUCCGACUUGUCAGCCGAGAACUCAGCACCGUACAACGCCAAGAAGGAGCGUGCUAAGCAAGCUCUCAUGGCAGCACUUCCACCUUUCGAUAAGCUCAACAAGGUCUUGAACAGCAAUAGCGAAUGGUGGACGACUUGGAGGCGCAAGUGCAGUGGCACCUCGAGCGCCGAACAGACCCUCCCCCAGUUUGCCUCGCAAGCCUUGGCCGAGGGAAACAUUGGCGCCAUCGGUACUGUCGUUCUCUCUGUCGCUAUAUGUAUGGCCGACGAUGGCGGCGACAUUGAUCCGUAUAUCGAGGCUAUUGAUCGAUGGGUCUUAUCUGACGACGAAUACGCGGCUACGCUGGAGGGAAUGGAAUGCUUGAUUUUGAAGGCUAAGUGGUAUGCGGAUGUUGGCCAGCCUCGUCGAGCGUGGCUAGCAUAUCGCAAAGGAAUAGGUUACGCUCAGCUUAUGGGCCUCCAUCGGAAACGGACAAAUUCCGCAGCGCACGAGAGUAUCUGGUGGUCUCUAUAUCACGGCGACCGCUUCAUUUCGUUACUCCUCGGCCUACCGUAUGGAAUUUGCGACUCCCACUGUGAUCUCAGCUUGCCAGAUAUGGGCGGAGAAUACAUGGCGCCUCUCAUAUUCAUAAACAGGAUAUCCCAGAUCGCCGGCAAAGUUAUCGACCGGAAUCAAGGCAUUGCUGAGCAGUCCUUCGCCUGGGCAUUGCAACUUGACCAAGAACUCGAAGACUUGUGGAAACAACUCGACCCCAACUGGAUCGAUUACUCAAGCCUUCUCAUAGACGUAGAAUCCAACGCCGCAGAACUACGCGAGCGCCUGAUGGCGCAAAUGGUCUUCCACCAGAUCAGAGUUUACCUCCAUCUGCCCUUUAUGCUGAAGUCCCAGGCAAAUAGUCGAUUCACAUACAGCCGAAACGCCUGUCUCAACGGCUCUCGCGAAGUGCUUCGAAGCUACCAGGCCUCCCGCACGGGCGAGGUGCAGCCACUGUACGAAUGCAAGGCAGUCGACUUCAUCGGCUUCACCUCCGCCGUCCUCAUCAUGCUCGGGCUCUUCAACUUCGGCGCCAACGGCAUCGUCUCUCCAAAGGACCACGAAUCCGACGUCCGCCUGAUCGAAAUGAGCAUCGAUAUCUUCCGCCGCGCGUCGUCGGAGAAGGGCGGAAAGGUCGCCCUGCAAUCAGCGGAAGUGCUGGAAAAGAUGCUCAUGAAAUUGAAGAUCGACAGCGGUAAGGCCGAGGGGGGACCGAACGACGAAUGCUGCCCCAUGUCCGAGUUCGUCAUCCCCUACUUCGGCACGAUAUCCAUUAAACGCGGCGGAAUGGCGAACCCGGGACCUCCGCCGCCCUGCAACAUCAACACCACCACCCCCAACGCACGGAAGUCCUUCUCCUCUUCAACGGCGACCGCCGCCAGCAAGCAGCAGCGAAUGGGCACCGCACGCACCGUAUCCGCCUCAUCCACCGCGACAAGCCCCUCGCAAUUCACGCCACUCUCCGCGCACUCGUCCACCGACUUCUUCAACAACCCGCUCUCCAAGACCACCACCACCACCACCACCGCCGGCAAACCCACCCCGGCCUCCGACACCACCUCCAUAAACUUCAACAACAACCCCACCGGCAACAACAACGACCCCUUCAUCUCCUACGACGGCUUCUACAACUUCCCCACCACCGCCGACCCCACGCCUGCCCUCUCCUCCACCGCAUCCCAAUCCGCCGACGGCCCCACCCUAGGCUCCCAGAUCAACGACGACAGCAUGAACAACUUCCCGCUCCCCACCAACAACUUCAGCUGGCAGAACAUGCCCAUGGACAUCGACCAGGACUGGAGCUGGUUCCUCAACGACGCGGCGUCGCCCGCCGCUGGGAACACGCACCUCAACGGCGGUAGUGGGGCGGCGGCGGGGAUGGGACAGCAGCACCAGCACCAGCAACAGCAGCAGAUGAAUGAGCUGUUUGGCGUUAAUCCGUCCUUCCUUGGCUUUGGAUGAUUGGGUUGGGUUGGGCUUUUGAAGGAAGGGGGAGGGGGAGAGAAUUGGGGAGCACAGAUUCUCUCCUCGUGUACUUUUAUAUUAUACCACACCAUCGUUAGAUAUUUAUCUACAUGCCAUGCCAUCCACGAGCACCGGGGGUACGGUCGGAUCGCCUUUCCUUUUCUCAAGGCAAGAACAGCGGCAAGGGUGGCGUUUUUUUUCCCUUUCAUUUUGGGAGGGUUGUUGGUGGACGGGUGGACGGACGGGUGAACUGGGGGGAGGGGAGGUUUUGAAAUCGUUGAUUGUGAUAUCCCAAAUGGCUUUUAUAUAUUGUUAUUUUUUUU